AUGAACAUGGAAAACGACUUGAAGGAAGAACUAAAUAGAAGAAUGAGAGCAGCAUGGGCAGCAUUCGCAGCCGUCAGGGAAGCUACGGACCAACUGACGGACCAAGAUCUUCGUGCCCAUCUGUUCGACUCGGCAGUCCUUCCAGCGCUCUGUUACGCAGCGAAAACGUGGGCAGACACGGCUGCCACGUCUAGGAAGCUACUUACCACCCACAGAGCCCUUGAGAGAUGUCUCCUGAAGUUUAACCGGCGCACACAACACCUAGCCGGUCUUCCUAGCUCCGACUUAAGAAGAAUGUCCCGUCUUCGCGACCCAACGGAAUAUGUAUCGAAAGCGAAUCAUAGAUGGGCCGGUCACAUCAUGAGAAGAAUCGACGAUAGAUGGACUAAAAGAACGCUGGAGUGGAUCCCAAGGGACGCUAAACGCCCCCGAGGGAGACCGCCAACGAGAUGGGGUGACGUGUUCGCUAUACGGAUGGACCAGCUGAGAGCUCAGCUGGAUACGGCUCAAUGA